UGUGUGUGUGUCCACUGUGUAAGUACAAGUUGGAGAACACAGUACAGGAGACGGAAAGAACCAUCUUUAACUAACCAUUUGAUGCCUCAAUUCUGUGGGAUUUAUAUAACACAACAAGUUGUGCUGAAUGGGAAUCCUUACUUUCCUGGGAGAAGACAACUCUACUUUUGGUCUAAGUAUGAGUAAUGUACAACAAAAUAAUACAAUCACGCCAAAUCCUGUAAUGCAACAUGAGACUUUCCAUACACCAAGCCUAGGUGAUGAAGAGUUUGACAUUCCUCCAAUCACUCCGCCACAGAUAGCAAUGGAAGCAAUGUCUACCAGUAUGACCGACCCAAACACAGCACCAGCCUUAACAGAACCAAUGACAAGCCCAUCACCAACAUUCACACAUGACUCAAACCCAAAGUUUACCCAGGCUCAUAUCACAGAGACUGCAGAUUCUUUACCGAACCCUGCAAUGGAAACAUUCCCUGAUCCACAAUUCCCACCACAGACAAUUGAUAUUCCACCUAUAACAGCCUCAAACUGUAGCUUGGGAAUUGACACGGUACCUUGUGCAGUGCAAUCGACGGGAGAACAGUCCUAUAGUCAUACUCUUCCCAUGACAACGUUUGCUAUGACAACACACCCAACCCCCUCGUACAUCCACGAUGUUCAUAUACCUCCACCACCGCAGCAUGUACAGAGUCAAGUCAGUCAGUUGUCUACAAUCAACCAAUCAGCAAUCAGCUCACAUCUCGGUCUGCAAGUUGGAAUGCGGCAUGGGAUACACAUGGUUGAUGGUCGGUUAUCAAAGCACAGUCCAUCGCCACCAACAACGUCCCCGAUACCCCAUGAAAGUAGUGAAGAUAGUGAUGAUAACACUCCCCUUUCACAGGUUGUCGGCACUCUGAAACGAACGGCUGUUGAAGUGACGCCACCUCCGCCAAAGAAAAAGACACCAAAGAAAAAGAAAAAGAAGGACCCGAAUGAGCCACAGAAGCCAGUAUCUGCAUAUGCGUUGUUUUUUAGGGAUACUCAGGCAGCCAUCAAAGGACAGAAUCCAAACGCUAGUUUUGGUGAAGUCUCAAAAAUUGUGGCUUCGAUGUGGGACAGCCUGGGUGUAGAACAGAAGCAAGUUUACAAGCAGAAUACUGAGGCUGCUAAAAAAGAGUACUUAAAAAAACUAGCUGCCUACAGAGCUAGUCUUGUGUCAAAGGCUGCUGUGGACCAGGCAGAAACAGAAGAUGUGUCAAGUCACAAACAGAAAAAGAUGACAGUGACCAGUAACACACUCACCAGUGCCAACACAACUACUACAAUGAUUCAGUCAAUACCACGAAUCAUUGCGCCAAAACCAACCCCAACAGCUUCCAUGCCCAUAACUGUUACCAUGACGACAGUUGCCAGGUCAGCUUCUCAACAACCUGUUGUUCAAACCAUUAUCACCAAUCCAAAACUUCAGCCUCAUAUGGUUCACACAAAUGAGCGUAAAAGGUCAGCGACCUGCAUGAGGGUUGGUUGUGAGAAUCCCGCUGUGGAGAGUCCUGAUUGGGAUAAAGAAUAUUGCAGUAAUGAGUGUGUUGUCAGUCACUGCAGAGAUGUUUUCACUGCCUGGGUUGCAUCGCGGAAUCCAAACAUAUUCCCAUCAGUCAAGUAAAAGAAAAGAAGAUUCCGUUUUUGUUUUUUUUAGAUUAUAGAAUAUUUUUAUUUUUUUCCUUUAUAAAAGAAUAUACUAUCUAGUCAUGUUCUAUGUGUUUUUAUUUAUAUAAAUCAUGGUAUUUAAUCCUCUUUGGCACAUGUCUUAGACAAGAAUCAAGGAGGACGUAGUCCUUAUCCUGACCCAGGCUAAAUUGCUUAAUUUAUCAUGGUACAAUGUAGCAAGUACCAUGUACAGAAUAAUUCUAUUUAUUAUUAAAAAUGUUUUUGUGGACGCCGCUUCACUGCCUUGCUUAAUAAAAGUGUGUGUAACGUCAGUGACACAGACGGCCAUUAUGUUUCCUGUACAUGUACAUAUAUUUGACAUAUCUUCAAAUAUUUUGAAGUAAAUUUAUUGUUCAUCUUGUAGGAGUUCAUCAAUGUUGUCUUAUGUCUACUUUUUUUUUCUUAAAAGUUAAAUAUUUAUCUUCAGAGAAAACAUUUACUCUGGUAUAGGAAAUGUAAUGGCCAUCUGUAUAAUACAUGCAGGUACCUGCAGAAAAUGCUGGAGUUUCUUUGGUUGCUGUGCUCUGUUGAGUAUGUGAUAAUGAUGCAUUCGGGGAAUGAGUUGAAAAGAGUGUUUCCUUUAAGCCUCUUUUGGAGGCAACUUACUCAGUGAGGUCACCGAGUAAAAGUCUGGUAUUAACAUUAACCAAAUUAAUAUUUAUAUUAAGAAAAGUUGCUUAGAGGGAACAAUGGAGAAAUUUGGUUGCAUGUCCUUGGAUAUGCUUAGUUUUUUCUUGACCCAAACUGUUUCCUCAAGUUUACAUCAGGGUGUUUAUUUUAUGUUUUCUAUGUUUGUCAUAUUUGAUGGUUAUGAAUAUUCAUUGAUGCUGCAUAUCCAGUUGACUUUCAGUUUGCCAGUUGAUUUUUCAUUUACUUUUGAAAUGCAUAGAUUCACUAUAAUUAGCCAUGUUUCCAAAUGCUAGUGACUCGCUGUAGUUAUUUUAACUGUUGUAUAUUUCGCACAUGUACAUACCAUCAAAUAUUCGAAAACAUCAAUAAACCACACAGUAUCUUCUCAGAGUGUGACUGUAAUCUUAGUAUUCAACUGUAUUACAUCCUUCAAGCAGAGAAAGUCAAAUACUGUUUAGUAUCUUGGCAUCCAGAGAUCUCACGACUCUGCAAUGGUCCUGUAUAUUUCAUUAGAUAUUUUCUUUCGUUCCAGCCACCCAGUUUGUGCAACACUACAUUAUUAUUUGCAUAACAAUGGAUGUAAAUAGUACACCAACGUCAAUAAACGCUUGUCAUGUACAAAUUACUGCCGACUUACAGUUCUGCCUCAAAAUGGAAAUUCUGGUUUUUUAUAUAGCCAUGUUACAACUGCAUGCGCAUCUUGGCAUUAUGUUCACUUUUAAGGCUGUUCCUAUAGCAACAAAUUGAUAUCAGUAAUUUUAAUGAAUCUUUCACUUAUGAUUUUCAACGAACACCAAAAUCAGGAAUUCGUUUUGAGGCACUGCAAAUUGGUCAUUUUAUCACAAAUGUGUUGCUGAAUCACGGUAAUUUGAAAACCAAAUGAAAGAUAAAUUGUUUUCAUGGUAAAUAUUGAUCAGAUCUUGUGGCCAACAAUUAUGUUUCGUCUAAUCGAUUUUGUAGACCCAUUCAUUUAUAGUCUUGUCUCAUCACCUGGACAUUGCCACCCUUAAAAAAAAAAUCAAAAAUUAUAAAUGUACAGUGAUUUAAAACCACAGAUGUGUAUUUUUGUGUAUUUUCAGAAAACCAAGUCAUCAUUUUUUUUCUUGUGUCGCAUUAUUUAGCAAUAAAGACAGGACAAAAAGAUUU